AAGAACCGUGUCUUUUCGUCGUUCAUGUGUGUUUGCCUUGUUCGGUUCCGCCGAUAGCGCGCAGCUUGUAUCGGCCUUGGCAACACUGCCUGCGUCGCAGUGAAGUGCUUCGGUGGACAAGCACAUACUAGCGCCGAGUCCAAUUCUGCACCUUGUGCCAGAUCAGGCUUGAGCUCGCCAGGUGCGCCGAGGGAGGUCGCAGAGGCGGCCCCCAUCGUGCCCACGGUAGUGCCGGCCAGCAGGAGACCAGCCGCAUCGUGGGCAGACGUUCCGUGGUGUCUCGGCCGCCGCGUGCCGAAGCCGCAGGAACCGCGUCAAGCGAUUGGCGCUUGCGAAAACGUCGUGCCGAGGAGCCUCCAGCCGCGCCUCGUCCCCCGCCCCGCGAAGGCCGUCCUGGCGCCGCCGAUGCUCAGCCCGGCCCCGUCCGCGCCCGGUGCCCCGGCCGCCACGCCUCAAGCGGCUGCAGACGCCUUCCUCGCCGCCGCCGCGGCGGGCCAGCGGGCCGGCGCGCAGCGCUGGCCGGGCAGGCAGACGCCACGUUGUCCAGGCGCCACGACGUCAAGCCGUCCACAGACAUCAAGGAAGAUCAAGGACAGGGAGCAUGGCCAUACUACUCAGAGCACGCAUUUGGGACACACCUCCAGAACAUGCACCACUGACAGACAUUCAAGGCACACGUCAGCAGCUUGCGCAAACGGCAGGCACCAGUGAUAUACAUCCAGCACGUACACCAGCA